AUGGACUUUCUGCCGCUGAAGUUCGAAAAAUUCGUAAGUUUUUUCACAACUAUUCACAACAGGUUUGGUUUCAUAAUGGUGAGAUAUCGGGAGCGAAAAACUAAUCGAGGUAAAACACCUGUUAAAGUGAUGAGAACAGCAGUUGAUGAAGUUCUGAAAAAGAACAGAGCUAUCAAUGCUGUUGCACGUGAAACUGGAAUUGACCGAAUGACAUUGAAGCGAUAUGUUCGGAAGAGUAGUCUCAGUCCAAGUGUAGGUUUGAUACCGAAUUGGAAUACAAGGCAGGUAUUCAAUUUAGAACAAGAAGAGAUGCUUGCAAAGUAUUUGCUGCAAGCAUCUAAGAUGAACUAUGGACUAUCCACCAAAACAACUCGCCAGUUCGCAUAUGAUAUGGCCGUUGCGAAUAAUAUAACAUGCCCAUCUUCAUGGUCAAUGAAAAAAACUGCUGGUAUUGAUUGGCUCCAGGGUUUUAUGAAAAGAAGACCCGAGUUGUCACUACGUGCACCUGAAGCGACUAGUCUGGCAAGAGCAAUUGCAUUCAAUAAAUAUAAUGUCAGUGAAUUCUUCAAAAAUCUUCACAAGGUUCGUGCAAGGCAUAACUUUGGUCCGGAGAACAUAUACAAUGUAGAUGAAACUGGACUCACAACUGUGCAAAAGCCUGUUAAAGUUAUAGGCCCAAGUCUGGACUACGACUGUUCUGCAUUAAAAAAUAAUGACUAUGUUGUAGUAAAAUUUAAAACUAAAAAGAAAGUUAUUCAUUACAUUGACAAAUAA